GUCGUUUGUACAGUUAAAAAGGUAGUUUGUCGAACCCAGAGAAACGACAAUGUCUCAGCUGGUAUUGGGCAAAGUCUUCAAAUCUCUUGCCCGGAUAAUGUCUGGGUCACUCUCUUGAAACCCAGCCCUGACCUUACAAAUGGAGUCUCAAAUCUUCAAACAGAUUCAUCAUCUUUCAGGUGAGAAACUGUCUCUGUCUCCUGCAGGCCUUGGACUUGCUCUGAACUUCCAGCCAUCGCUCAUAAUGCUGGGCAGGUACUUUGAGAAGAAGAGGCCAUUGGCCAAUGGGCUAGCAGCAGCGGGGAGCCCGGUGUUCCUCAGUGCCCUCUCCCCAUUCGGCCAGGUCCUGCUGGAUUAUUACGGCUGGAGAGGGGGCUUCCUCAUCAUGGGGGGGCUGUUACUCAACUGCUGCACGUGUGGAGCUGUCAUGAGGCCUCUCGAGAGUCUGAGGCAGAGCAGCAAAGACCAGCCUGAAGCCAAGGAGAUGCUCCCCACCACCAAGGCCGAAGUCACUGGCCUGGAGCUGGAGAAUUCUCAACAGGUCGUGACCAGAAACAGCACCAAGGGCGGCAGCAGGAAGUCAGGAACAAACAAAAAAAGCCAGAAGCUGCUGGAUUUUAGCGUAUUCCGGAGCCGGGACUUUGUCAUCUACACCAUCUCCAAGUUCAUCCUGGUCCUAGGCCUCUUUGUGCCUCCAAUCAUGAUCGUUAACUAUGCCAAAGACAUGGGGAUCCCAGACACUGAGGCUGCCUUCCUGCUCUCCAUCAUUGGCUUCAUUGACAUCUUCGCUCGGCCCCUGAGUGGGGUGGUCGCUGGCCUGGAUCUGGUGCGGCCGCGAGUCGCCUACUUUUUCAGUCUCUCCAUGUUGUGUAACGGACUGACCGACGUCCUGAGCGCCAAAGCGGCCACCUACAGCGGGUUGGUGGCUUUCUGCGUCUUCUUCGGGGUGACCUAUGGGAUGGUGGGAGCUCUGCAGUUCGAGGUC